UGAAUGGCUCGUGCGCUCUAGUUAAAGUUAACGUCUGCUAGAGUUUAGGUGGGACAGUCGACAGACGUCCCUAAUACUUCAGUAUAUAUUGUUGACUGAAUGAGUUACGUCUACCGGUGUGUUAUUCACAAAGUUUAAUCAUAACAAAAAAUUUCGGCUAACUUUGACGGAUUAUUUAUUGAAGGCAUGUGCUGUUUAAUCGGAAAUAUUUUACAGAAAAUGUUUAUAUUGGAUAACUAAGUUUCAUUAAAGUGCUUACAGAUAUUCCUACCUAUACGAUCUAUUUAUUUUCACCAUUGCAUUUACAAGGUGCAUCAGUGCGUAACCCUUUUAAAAAUAGUGUCGUGUAUUCGAGUCAAAAGAAAUGUAUGCGAUCAUGGGAGAAUUGUUAUUACAUAUUAAUAAAUGAAAACUUUCUCAGGAGUUCAAAUAUAAUUGGAUAACAUAGUGAUAUAGUUAUUACAAAUUAUAUUUAUCAAAUUUAUACGGAUUUACACGUUAGCUUAGACUAGGUAUUAAUAAAUUAUUACACUAUGGAGAGAUUACGAUACAUGUGGACUAUAUUAAUUUUAACGCUUGUGGAUGUGUAUAUAAUUUUAGCGCAAGGUUUAUCAAAUGGCAUGCCUAAUGUAUGUCCAUAUCAAGAUGUACAAAUGGUUAUGGUUAAACAACCGUGUGUACAAGCUUUCACCCGGUUAGUAAAAGUAUGGAAGCCCGACUGUGGAUACACCCAUAAUUGGUGUGUAGGAUACGAAAGAAGAACUCAUUAUUAUACAACAUAUAAAGAAAGAUAUCAACCUCAACCAAUGACAAAAUAUAAAUGUUGUAAUGGUUGGAGACAAUUAGAUAAUAAUGGAGGUUGUAUGUACAGAGAAUGUAAUAGUGGUGUAUGUUUUAAUGGAGGUCAGUGUCAAGGAGGUUAUAGUCAAUCCUGUUCAUGCCCACCAGGGUUUCAAGGUCCAAGAUGUCAAUAUGAUGUCAACGAAUGUGCUGUAAACAAUGGUGGUUGUGAAAAAGGAUGCUGCAAUACGAUUGGUUCUUUCAUAUGUAAAUGUCCAGCAGGUUACAAUUUAGCUCAAGAUGGACGACGGUGUCGAGAUGUUGAUGAAUGUCGUAAUCACAAUGGUGGGUGCCAGUAUAAAUGUGUCAAUACGGACGGUGGCUUCACCUGUGAAUGUCCAAGCGGUCAACGGAUACAUGCUGAUGGACGAUCAUGCAUUGGCUAUAAUGGUACAGAAGGCAAAGAUCCUAAAGAUGAGGAAAACAAGAUUGCAUACCAAACAAUGCCAACUGUUUUGACGAAAGGGAGUGCUAAUGACCGGUCACGUUAUAAUACUAAUGAGCCUCUUUCAGGGGGUUAUGUAGACCGGUAUAAGCCCGAUAGAUAUGCUGUCGGCAGGUAUCAGGACAAGCUUUUGACGGCAGGCAUUGGAUAUCAGAAAAAUCAUUACCGUUAUCCUAUACACUCUAACACGAUACCCAAUACCAAUGAUUAUUAUUAUCCGGAUAGAACCGUAUACAACCGACCCCAGAUACAGUAUGGCCGUCAUGAUAAUCAAAAUGUUCGUUAUGGCAACAGAAACCAGAAUGUAUACCUUGACAGAACUCGUGAUCGAAACCGUUACACCAACCAGAACGUUGAUAGAAACAGGCCGAGAAUUCAAUAUGGUCGUCAACCAGCUUUAAGACCAGUUGUUACUCCUGCACCAACGCAUGCACCAACUCGUGCUCCAACUCCUGCUGUCACCAAAGCCCCUGUGAAUGAUUAUUAUCGUAGAUAUCAACUCCAAUACGGUCGAGAUCGUAAUGUUAAACCAUUGCCCACUCCCAAGCCAACACCACUGUCUGAUAAUGGCAACCCACUGUAUGGAUCGGAGCUUGAAGGACCGGAAGAACAUAAGGACAUGGAUCGUGUGACAACAGCUCCACACAGAAACCAGUUUAAUGUGUUGCGACCUCCACCGCGGAGCAGCAAACCUAGUUUGGCUAUCAUUGAUAUGAAAGUGAAGGCUGUUUCUGGAUGCAGUGUACGAAAUGGUGGCUGUCAGCAUGUCUGUGUAGAUGGUUAUAAUGGCCGCUUCCAUUGCCGUUGUCGAGAAGGAACAGUACUGGGUCGUGACGGAAAGAGUUGUGAAACCACCAAUCCAUGUAAUGCUAAUAUUGGUUGUCAACAUAAGUGUGUCAAUGACCGAGGACGAGCUGUAUGUCAGUGUUUUAAAGGAUAUCGUUUAUCUAGGGACAGGAAAUCUUGUGAAGAUAUAAACGAAUGUGAACGGAAUAAUGGUCAAUGUAGUCAAGCUUGUGUAAAUACUCAAGGUUCAUUUGCCUGUACAUGUACACCAGCAUAUCAACUUGGUGAAGAUGGAAAAUCAUGUUACAAACUCACCAAUUCCUCACAGAUUCAAAUCCAGAAUGGACGAGCGAUACCUAGGAAAGGACGCAAGAAGCAAAAAGGGAAACAUAAAGAGCGAAACAAAGGUAGCUGUGUUUUUGAAGGAAUCCAGAUGGAGGUUAUCGAUAGUUGUGCCUUUAAUAAAGGUGGUUGUGAUCACAAAUGUCGUAAUGGUGUUGAUGGCCCUGUCUGCUCCUGUAGAAAAGGUUAUUUAUUGCAAGUGGAUGGAAGAUCUUGUGAAGAUAUAAAUGAAUGUGAAGGAGAGAACUGUUGUAGUCAGGGUUGUAAUAACAAUAAUGGUGGCCAUACAUGUUACUGUAGUACAGGUUUCCUACUCAGUCGAGAUGGAUGUGGUUGUGAAGAUGUUGAUGAGUGUUUAAAUGAUAAUGGUGGAUGUGAACAACUUUGUGUCAACUCGGAAGGUUCUUUUAGUUGUGCUUGUUCUCCAGGAUAUUUAUUAUCACCAGAUGGUAGCCGAUGCACACCACUUGAAUAUGGAUUAGAUAGCGGACCUCAGAGAGGCGAUUUACCAGCAGUUCGUUUCGAAACAACUCCACUUCCUGUGAUUCCAGUAACAGAAAAUAAUUUUCUAUCUCAAGAACUACAGGAACAGGCAGCCAAGUUCAACUGUGAGGGUGGAAUGUUUGGUGUUAAUUGUCUUUUAACUUGUAAGAACUGUUUGAACGGUGCCCGAUGCAAUGAACAAUUGACAGGUUGUGAAUGUACUGCUGGUUGGCAGGGAAUUAUUUGCAACGAAACCUGUGGCGAGAAUUUCUACGGUAAAGAUUGUAACAGCAUUUGUAAUUGUCCAAAUGGUGUAAUAUGUGAUUCUGUCACGGGUGAAUGUAAAAAUGAAUGUCCUAGAGGUUAUUAUGGCAGCAGUUGUGACAGGAUCUGUCCAAACUGUGCCAGUGGUCAUUGCCAUAGAGUAUUUGGUUAUUGUAAAUGUCGACCAGGAAGAUUUGGUCCAUCCUGUAAUCAGCCAUGUCCAUCCUACACUUGGGGAUCAAACUGUGCUACACAAUGUGAUUGUGAAGUAGAUAAUACAAAGGGUUGUCAACCGGAAUCUGGAGAAUGUGUUUGUAAACCUGGUUACCAAGGUGAUAGAUGUGAAGAACAAUGUCCUGAGAAUCGUUUUGGCGAGAUGUGUGUCAGAGUCUGUAAUUGUCCACGUGAGAGUAAAUGUAAUCAUGUGACAGGACAUUGUUUAAAGGAAUGCCCAGCUGGCAGAACUGGCAUCCGAUGUGAUGAAUCAUGUCCAAAAGGAAAACAUGGUCCAAAUUGCUUAAAGGACUGUCAUUGUAGUGGCAGUACUUGUGACCCAGAAACAGGAAAAUGUAUUUGCCAGGCUGGCAAAAUGGGCAAACGUUGUAAAAAAUCUUGUCCAGAAGGUAGUUGGGGUAUGGAUUGUCAGAAUAAAUGUGGUUGUCAGAAUGAUGCUACAUGUGAUCGUGUUACAGGAGAAUGCCUGUGUACAGAUGGAUGGUAUGGUCCAUAUUGUAGAGAAGGAUGUCCUGUAGGUAGAUUUGGGCCACAGUGUAUGGAAGUUUGUAUGUGUGAAAAUAAUGCUACAUGUGAUAAAAUAGAUGGUACCUGUACUUGUGGUCCAGGAUGGACAGGACAGCUCUGUGACCAAGUUUGUUCACCUGGUCGAUGGGGAGAAAAUUGUUUCAAGAAAUGCUAUUGUUUAAACAGUGCUGAAUGUGAUCCUGCUACUGGAGAGUGCAUUUGUGCUCCAGGAUGGAGAGGUUCAGGUUGUGAUCAAAGGUGUCUUAAUGGUACCUAUGGUGCUGGAUGUUUGAAGAAAUGUCAGUGUCAAAAUGGUGCUGACUGUGACCAUAUCAGUGGAUCCUGUCUUUGUUCUGAAGGUUGGAGAGGAACUUAUUGUGAAAAAGCAUGUCCCGAAGGCUUCUAUGGUUUAGAAUGCCAGAGCAUUUGUAAUUGUGAUAAUUCUGCUCAGUGUGACCAUGUUACUGGGAAUUGCCAUUGCGCAUCUGGGUGGUAUGGAGAUUCCUGUAAUGAGCGAUGUCCGGAUGGUAAAUUUGGAGAUGAUUGUGGCAGAAGUUGUCAGUGUGAAAAUGGGGACUGUGAUAAAGUUAGUGGUAACUGCAUCUGUUCUCCUGGUUGGAUGGGAUCGAAUUGUGAAGAACCAUGCCAAGCUGGAAAAUAUGGAACUAGUUGUUUAUACAGAUGUUUCUGUUCUAACGGUGGUCAUUGUAAUCAUAUUGAUGGUGCAUGUAACUGUACUGCUGGUUGGGAAGGCACAGCUUGCCAGAGUGCUUGUCCAAAUGGUAGAUUUGGACCAAAUUGUGAGUUACGCUGUGAUUGUGUUAAUGGUGAAACAUGUGAUAAAGUGACGGGACGGUGUAUUUGUGCUCCAGGAUAUAUUGGUGACAGAUGUAAUACAACAUGUCCUAAAGGUUUCUAUGGCAAAAAAUGUUCUGAGAAAUGUCCAUGUAAAAAUGGUGCUAAGUGUAACCGAGAAACAGGGGAGUGUACUUGUACGUAUGGUUGGAGAGGACAACACUGUGAUAAACCUUGCAUGCCAGGAUCAUAUGGUAAAGAUUGUGCAGAGAAAUGUUCUUGUGCUACACAUGAACCAUGUAAUCAUUUGAAUGGUGAAUGUCGAUGUCCACCUGGUUUCAGUGGACCAUCUUGUGGUCAACAUUGUCCACUAGGAACAUUUGGUCCUGAAUGUCGAGGUCAGUGUUCAUGUGGGGAUGAAUAUGAUUGUCAUCAUGUAACAGGAGAAUGUUUAUGUAGACCUGGACAGAAGGGAAGAUAUUGUGCUAAAGCAAGGAGAAAGGGUAGAAAAGGGAGAAAAGGGAGGAAGGGUAAAGGAAAAGGAAAAGGAAAAUGGAGGAAAAAGCCCAAAGAUAAAACAGGCUUCAAAAAGCUACAAGCAGCAUCCUGGGUUUUGGGUUGUAAAGAAGGUGAAUAUGGACCCAACUGUGAUCAACUAUGUCUGUGUGAGAAUGGUGGAGAGUGUGACAUGUUAACUGGUCUGUGUACAUGUCCACCUGGAUAUGUGGGACCCACUUGUAGUCAGCGUUGUCCAGAGAACAGAUAUGGAGAGGAUUGUUUAGGUUUCUGUAUGUGUGAAAAUGGUGCUCGAUGUAAUAAGAAAAGUGGAAGAUGUAAAUGUCGACCAGGAUUUACAGGCAAGAGGUGUCAUGAAGAAUGUGAGGAUGGUAAAUAUGGUGCUGAUUGCAAAGAAGUCUGUGACUGUAAAAACGGUCGCUGUGAUAAAGUAUCUGGUGCCUGUAACUGUAAUAUGGGAUGGAUGGGAUCAGCAUGUGACACACCUUGUCCAGCUAAUCGCUAUGGACCUGGUUGUAAUCAUACAUGUAUGUGCCAGAAUGGUGGAGAAUGCGAUUCAAUUACUGGGUGUUGUCAUUGUCAAAAUGGAUUUUAUGGUCACACGUGUGAAAUGGAAUGUCCUGAAGGAACCCAUGGUCCAUACUGUAGUGAAAUGUGUGAUUGUGUUAAUGGGGCUACCUGUGAUGCUAGAUUAGGUCAGUGUCGAUGUCCUACAGGUUUUACAGGUGACAGUUGUAAAAAACGUUGUCCGAGUGGUCAGCAUGGUAUAAAUUGUUUAUUACAAUGUGACUGUGGAGAUGCUGAAUGUCACCAUGUUACUGGGGAAUGUUUAUGUCCCCCAGGUAAAUUUGGAUCAAGAUGUGAAGACUCUUGUCCUGAAGGAAAGUAUGGUCCAAACUGUGAAUAUUUCUGUGAUUGUGAUAAUAAUGGUGUUUGUGAUCCAAUCUCUGGGAUGUGUACUUGUGAAAAAGGUUGGAUUGGUGCAACCUGUCAAACAGUUCAAAGUAGAAUGUCCCGUGUCGCUAAGAGUAUGUCUGAAUCCAGUACAUAAAACAUAUUCCAUCUGGUCCGAGACGAGGAGAUGUUCCAUGGGCAGUAAACUACAGUCGUAAAUAAAUUCUAGCAUGUGUGGGACAUUGUGCAACAAAAUCAAGAUCAUGAACAUUUUAAAAGUGCAGUGAGAUAGUGAUUGAUCUCUGUUAAACUUUUUGAAAAAAAAACAUGGUGACUUGUGACAUUUCAUGUGUAUAUAUGUUUAUUAUAUCAAUUUCUGCCAAAUGCUAGUGUUCAAACUAUAUGUGUCAUUGUAGUUAUCUAACAAGAUACUUAAUUCGUAAAGUGUUCUUAGAAACCAGAUAUUUUUGUAAGGCGGUAAUCAACCUGAAUUGAGGAAGAUGUAUAAUAGAAUACAAGUAUAUGGUAGCCAAGAAAUUGAAUGCUGUAAAUAUGUCUUUAACAGAACAGUAUUUUGAAGGAAUUGAUUCAACGGAACAGCGUUUCAGAUUUAUUUGUAAGGGAUUUACUGAGCGAACUUUGGAUUUUUGAAUUCUGUUCACUUGCUGAAACAAAAGAAAUCAAUCCAUGCCUUGUUGGAGAAGGAGACAGGAUUACUACCAGCUCAAGUCUGUUUAUUGUGAACACUUAUGCUAUAUAAUAAAAGAUGGACACUAGUUCUAGCACUGUUGAAUUUCGUAGUAGAUAAUUAAUUUGAAACUGUUAUUGUUUAUCAUAGUUUAGAGAUUAUAGAAAUCAGGGACUCUCCUUGCAACUUAUUAAGACUUUAUCAAAUUUUAUCUGGGAGUAUAGAUACAAACAGAUUUUGUGUAUUUAUGUAGUCUGUUCUAGAAUAAGAGCCGAUUUCACAUAGCGUCUGUCUAAUUUAGCCAAAUUCAAAUCUUUUAACUAAUUUUAAAUAUUAAUAGAUACAAAUUAAUGGAAAUGUUCUGUUAAUUUUAUGCACGUUGAAACUUUAAAGUUAGGCAAUGUAAAAUCGCCUCUUAAUCUUUUUUCGUAAAUAUUAUUUAUUAAUAACCAUUUUAAAAUAUGAUAUUAUUGUUUGAAUGAAAAGUAAAUGAUAAAUUUAAUUGACCCAUAUGCUGGGUUGAAAUCCAAAGAGUAAUUCUUAAAUGAUAUUAUUUAAUAUUAUCACUUUUAAUAUAUGUUUAAAUAUGUAGCAUGUAUUAAUUCUUUGUACAUUAUUGUUUUUGUCUGUGUUCUAUUGUGUACAUGAUAUGUACAUACUAGAGAUCAUGCAUGCCAAAUGAAUCAUAUCUUUCGCCAGUAUAUCAUGAUAUUUUAAUGUUGUAGAGUAAACUGAAUGUAGUUUCUUUAUUAUUGUAUGUUCUGUGAAAAAUUUAAUAAAUGCAGUCAGCAUUGGUAUAAAAUACAAAAUUGAUAACUAUUUGAACUUCACAGUCAAAUGACAAUUGACAUAGGGUGAUUAAGAAUUAGUCAACAUACCUUGAAUUUUGCCCAUAAUGUUUCACAACUCGUAACUUAUUUGGGCUAUAGUCUUACAUAUUAAUAUUUAGGAAUGUAACUGUAUAAUUUUAAUCAAUGUAUGGAUUGAAAUUAAAUUUUGUAUUCUACUUUAAAAUAUAACUUAGGUUGGCAAAUUAAUAGGACAAUGAUGGCAAAUUUCCAGGACAAUACACACACAUGUACCCUAUCUGGUUUAAAUACAAUUUAGAUGUGAAAACUAAUUUAAUGCAAAGCUCUUAGUUAUUUAUAGAAUAAUUGAUUUAUCUUGGUGGUUAUUAAGUAGUUUGCAUUAAUUAUUGUUUAUAGUGUUUCAUUUUGUAUAUUUUAUUUCAUCAGCUGUAUUUAUAUUCAUUCAUUUUAUGUACAGUUUUUGUUGAUAAUGUGAAAAUGUUCAUGAUCAUUAUCAGGUAUUUGUUUUGUUUAUAUAUCUACCUUAUUUUGAAUACACAAAUAAAUACAAUGUGGUUUAAUUUUAUCGAAUAUAAAUCAGUGAACAGAUUAAUGUACUCCCUGAGUUUAGUGCUCAGAACUGACCAUUUUGGUCAAUGACCCAAUCCCAAAUAAAUUUUAUUCAUAGUAUUCAUGCAUAAAAUAGAAAUUAUAGCCGUUUUGUAUUUAGUGGAGAUGUCAUGUGACAGUAUAGUCGAUUUCAAAGUACUUUUCGAGUUGGUUAAAUGUGCCAAAUAGCUGUAAACAAUUCUUAUGGCUGGACAUAGUUGAAAAAAACAUGUGAUCAUCCAAUCAAAUCGCACCUAGAGGUGAUUUGGCAAUUUGUCGUAAUAGUGUCGGAAAUCGGUAUCGAUAAAUUUGUUGAUUAGGGUAAUCAAUUUGAAUUUGAUGGAUGUUAAGGAUAAAAAUUUAAUUGAAUGCAAAUCACUUGGGCUAAUCAGUGGUUGAUAAAAACGCCUUUAACAUGUUAUAUCGUUCUGCUAUAUAUUAGAAAUUUUUUUUACAACCACCCACCAAAUUAAUCCAAAUGUCAUAAGAUACCACAGAGUGAGUAUGUGGACUACCUAAAUGCUGGAAUUCUACAUUCAUUUCAUUUAGGUUUGAAAAAUCAGGAAAAAUACAUUCAAAGCAGGGCUGUAUUUAGCGAGGGGUGCAGGGGGUACAUUGCACCCCCACAUAAAUAAGGUGCCCCAAGAAAUUGCACCCCCUCCACCCCAUCCAAAAAAACAAAAAUUAUUAAACAAACUUUCAAUUAUAAAAUAAUACACUUGAUUAUGAUCACACAGUGAUGCUCUUAAGGCACUGAUCAGUCGAUCGGUUUUAAGGGCGCCCACACGGUUUUAAGGGCGCCCACACGCCAAUGGGUUCGUUUGCCCUGAUCGAAACUUUCUUAUAUCACAUACGUGGAGGCUAUGGCGCCCCACCACUCUGCUGCACCCCCACUUUUAAAAUCCUACAUACGGCCCUGAUUCAAAGCUCAAAUCUUUUGUUUCAGAAUCUUGUUAUUUUAUUUAAUAAAAGUGUAAUAAAACAGUUGUUUAUGGUUUUGUUGGUCAAGAUGAAUUCGUUUAUGUAUGAAAUUUCCACAUAACAAUAUAUAUUGUGUAGUGUUAAAUGCAAUGUUCGGAUGACAUAAAAUACAAAUUUUAAUAAUUGUUAUGGAUAUAUGGGUACAUGUUUUUCGCAAUCAAGAUUCGUAUUAGAAUCAACAAAUGCAUUUAAAUAAGACAUUGCAACUAAUAACCUCUUCGUUGUAUUAUACACACACUCAAAUUUAAUUGUGGUCAUCUGCCUGUGUCGGUUCCUCAACAAACUAAUAUGAACACACUAUGUACAAUUCAGGGUUCUUAUCGGAUUUUAUUUUGCAGAUUCCUAGGAAAUGUCUGUCCACUAGGUCCUCGAAAACCCUACUGAAAAUUCAGUAUAUUUCAAUCUCAAAUUUUCCUGUUUAAAAUCUUGUGAAAUGGGAAGGAGGGACAUUUUUAAAACUCAGCAAGAUCCUUAAUAUGAAAUGAAAUGGCCAUCAAAUUUACAAAAUUGUGAAUGCUGAUUGGGGAGUUUUGUAAUAUAUAAAGUCUGUGAAUGUAGUACAGGGCAAAAGUCCAGGUGAAUAUAUUGACUACUCAUCAAAUUAUUUUACUUGAAAUUUAUAGGUAGAAGGGGCCCCUUGGCUACUGGUGGGUGCAAAAAAGCCCCCUUCUCUGUUUGGGGUUGCCCCUUAUCUCGCAAUAUUGAUAUUUAGACUAAUUACCUCAAACCUAUUUUACUCCCAGGAAUUAAUAUAUAUUCCAAGUCUUAUCUUACCUCCCAAAGCUAUAUUCAACACAGUCACCACCCAACAUCAUCCCACUGCUAUAUAUGUAGUUAAGAUAAACCACAUUCAUUCUUCUACGAAACUCAGUUAACGGUCUAUAAAAUAUUUUUAGAAAAUACAUGUAUUAGUAGGCCUACUUUGAAUAAAUACUGUAAAUUUGAAGAGUAUCUUUGUGAUGAAGGUUACUUUAUGAUUGAAUUCAGAAAUGAAAAGAUUUACAUUACAAUGGAAAAUAACAUGUUAAUUCAGAUUGCUAAAUCUAGCUUAGAAAGUUCUGUAAAUUUAACUAUUUUAAUAUUGUCAUAAAAUCUUUAUGAAUGUGGGCAUAAUGUAAUGUCAAGUACUGAAAAUAUUAAAAUGUGAAUCAGAUAUCAGUUGUAUAUUUAGCUUAUGUGUAUUAUUGAUAUGUGCUUCAGUAAGUACAGUUACGUCCAAUGUCAAUUUUGAAAUAAUAAAUGUUACUUUGUUUAGUUCUGAUAUUUUUUUGUAAAUAAUAUAAAUGUAUAUUAAUUCAGCAUAAUACAAUUGUUAUGUGAUGGUCAAUUUAAUAUGAUCGUGUAAUUUUAGCAAGCUUUACAUAAUGAUUUAUGCAACCGAUCCGACGAACAAAGGUUUUUAAGUUCCUGCAUUUAAUUCACAAAGCUUAUUUUACAUGUAUGUUCAUUUUUUAGCAAAAGACAAUUUCUGUGAAUUUUUUGUUACUUAUUUUAUAUAUAUCUUGUUAAAUCGAUCUGUAUCUACUAAUAAUAAAUAUUAGUCAAUUUUAAAGAUAUACAAAAUAAAUUGUCUUUUAAAUCUA